AGGCCUUCGCAUAUACUUCCGUGCGUCUUACGCGCGGUCCCACCCCCGCGGCGCCAUUGGUUGGCGAGGUGGGUGCGCGCGCAGCGGCCCUCCUCGUGGCCGGGUGUGAGACGCUGCGACUCCGAAGGAGCCGGUCGCGACCGCGAUGUGCAGCCGCGGACAGUUCUGCCGCGACCACGUCGCCACGCUGCCGUCGCACGCUACGCAACCCACGCCGCCGUCGCUGCCGACUCGGCUUUGCACUACUAUAUUUUCACGAGUCUGCCGAUAUAUUUCGAACUUUCUCAAUGAAUGCAAUAGUUAAAAGUUACUUUUGAAUGUCGAAAACAAAGUUACUUUAGUUUGAAUAACUUUCAUAAACUUUUCAAGCUUAGUUUUUUUGUGUAAAAAGAUUUAAAACGAUAUUUAAUUGGUGAUGUGAUAUGGCUAGGCGACGACAGUACACUAAUUGCGCACGGCUGUUGUUGGCCGGAUGCGCGUGGGCAUGCGCGCUGCUCACUUUUGUCGCUGCUGAAGCACAUCCUGAUGUUGAUACGUCCACUGGACUUGGUGAUAACACACUCACUAAUUCAGUGGUGGAGGAACCAGAGUUUACGGACGUCAUACAGAACGUGACGGUGCCGGCCGGCCGGAGCGUGCGACUCGCCUGCUCUGUCAAGAACCUCGGCUCCUACAAGGUGGCGUGGAUGCACUUUGAACAGUCAGCGAUCCUCACAGUCCAUAACCACGUGAUCACGCGCAACCCUCGCGUUAGUGUCACUCAUGAUAAACACCGCACGUGGUUCCUGCACAUCAGUGACGUCAGGGAAGAGGACCGGGGGCGCUACAUGUGCCAGAUCAAUACCGUCACUGCCAAGACGCAGUUCGGAUAUCUACAUGUUGUCGUGCCGCCGACCAUCGACGACUCGUUGAGUUCGAGCGACGUUAUCGUGCGAGAGGGCGCCAACGUCACGCUGACGUGCCGCGCUAAUGGCUCUCCUAAGCCCACCAUCAAGUGGAAACGGGACGACAACUCAAAAAUCUCCAUCAGCAAGGGACAUUCCGUUUCCGAGUGGGAAGGAGAAGUGUUGGAGAUGGCUCGCAUUUCCCGAUUAGAUAUGGGCGCCUACCUGUGCAUUGCUAGUAACGGUGUGCCACCGACAGUGUCGAAGCGGGUCAAAGUCAGCGUUGAUUUUCCACCAAUGUUAUGGAUUCCUCACCAGCUCGUGGGUGCUCCGCUUUACUAUAAUGUGACUUUGGAAUGCUUCACGGAAGCCCAUCCGACAUCCCUGAACUAUUGGACUAGGGAUGAUGGUCACAUGAUUCAUGAGAGCCCCAAGUAUCACAUGGAGAAUACUGUAGGGAUACCAGCUUACAAGACUCACAUGAGACUGCUCAUUAGAAAUAUCAACACUGAAGACUAUGGUACAUACAAGUGUAUAGCUAAGAAUCCGAGGGGCGAGUCUGAUGGUACCAUUCGCUUAUAUACUUCAUCACCACCGACGACCACACCGGAUCCCCGUGCGCUGACCGUACCCCCGCCGUCCAGGCCUCCUCGCCGCGACACUCCACUCACGGACAAGGGUACUAAAUAUCAAUCGAACCUCAAUGAAAUUGACAAGGGCAAACAGAAAACAGAUGAGGGUGGUGGGAAGACGCACCUGAACUGGGUGGGAGGCGCAUCGCAGGUUACAGGCGACGCCGACUGGAGGAGAAGCUCUAUAUGGGUGACAGUGUCAGUAAUCACUGUGCCAUAUUAUAUUUUACUGAAGUAACUCCAUUAUCAUUCACUCGAACACACUGUCCAUGUACACACGUAGGUACCCGAGCUUGGCUCGCCCGAGAUAGUGCAAAUUAAAAGGAAAUUGUUUUUAUCUUUCGUAUUCCGUACACGUCAUGUGAGAUAAAUUCAACGUAUUAUCUGUUAAUUCUCGCCUGUGUACAUACAGGGUGGCCUAGAAAUCAACGCCAAACCGAUACUGGACAAUGGGUCAAUAUAUUAGUAUAUACUGACGUAUACGGGGCUAUAGUUAGUCAAAAAAGACAGAAAUUAUACAAAAAAUAUUAGAAAGUUUUGGCGAAUAUGUGUUGAAUUAUUUUGUCUUAUUUUUCUGAUAACCAAUAUCAAUUAACUUGUCGUUUAUUUGCGUGCCUAACGUUGAUUUCUGGACACCUUGUAUAUUAUGUAGCGUACAGGCGAUGAAUGUUUCAGUUUUAUUGUGACAUCGUUCUAUUGUUGCUGUUUAAUGGUUUAGAUGGAACUCUGUGAGCUUUUAACGGAAACUAUUGAAAUGUAGAGAUUAGACUGUGAGUAAAGAUAUAUAGAUCAUGUCAAUAUUAUUCAUUUCCUACGGCAAGUUUAUGUUUUAUAUUGAAAAGUGAACAUUAAGUGAGUCUUAACAGAUGAACAGGUGGUGAGUGAAAUAAACCUAUAUACUUGUAAACCUGUCGAGGAACGCGACUAGUUUCAAGCCAUGCUUGUGUCUAAUAUUCAUGAGCCGCAGUCACCAAAUUAUUUGUCUUAGCACAAAUCCUCAAGAAUAGUUGAACUAUACUUACAGUCCCAUCUCUACAACGUUCAUUAUGUAAUUUACCAUCAAAAAUCACAAACAUUAAACAAACAUUUGAUACGAUGAUAAUAUAAUGAAUAACCGAAAUGAGUUUACCAUGAAACAGCUACUAACGUGUUUUGUAAUCGAAUAACAAAAACGUAACUGAGCUUAGAGCUUCGACCAAUAAAAACAGCUAUCCGUUACAUUAAAACUAACUCAUAUGUAAGUAAUACUUAUGAAUUUAUUGUCCUCGAAAACAGGUAAAUUAGAAUAAAAAAACGAAUAUUAAAUUGUAGUCACAUCGCCGUCGUUAUGUACAAUAGAAUAAGAGGUUUAGGUUUCAUAACCAAAAUGAUAUUCAUAAUUAUUGUAAGCGUUGUUGUUAAUUAUAUAAACUAAAGGUAUUGUAUGUACAACAGUUCCUUGAACUUGUUUCACGGCUCAGCAGAUACGUGUACAGGGUGACUUUUAACUCGACGUGUAUCGUACACAGAGUGUGCGCGAGAAUUCUCUGCUUUUAAUGAGGCCAGUAAUUCAAAUGAAAAUUAUUCGAAAAUAUUGCUGGCUAAUUAAAUUAAUUUAGAGAAGUUCAUUUAUUAAAUAAAUGUAAAUCAUCAUUGUUUUAUUCAGAAAAUAUAUGUACCUAUAUUCCGUACCUAUUAAAAUUGAUUAGUAAAAAAUAUAUAUUAGUCAAAUAAUUUUAGGCACGUGGUUUUUAGAGAAAUUAUAACAAUGUUAAGGUCUUUGGGUACUGUAAAUAUUUUAACAAAUAUUUUAUUGGAAUAAUUAAAAACUUUUGGAAUAUUGUGUUAAAAGUACAUAUUGUAUAUCACGGAGCAACAAAAAUGUUAAAUAACUUUAAAUUAAAAAUUACCAUUGAAUUAAAAGUGGCGCUGUACAUGUCCCAAAUCAUUUAUUUUCACCGUUGAUAUAGUAAUACAAAUCUGCUCAGCCGUGAAAAGUAUGUAAUAGACAAAUUCACUGCACACAUAAUAUUAUUAAUAUAUAAUACAAAGUGCACUAUUAUCAUAGUUAUUGAUUUUAUUAUAAGAUUAUAAGAAUUAGAUAGAGUAAGACUGAAUGAAUUAUAAAAUUGUGUCUUUAGAGGGUAUUUAAAUUUUAUUAUUUUAUUGUGCUUAUGUAAACCUCAUGUUCGCUGUGAUAAAAAUAUUACUGAAUUGACGAAAUUUCUAAAUUGAACAUUUAUAUUAUAUGUAUUGUUUCCUGCAUCAUCGUGCCGUAGUGGUGUAGAUCCAAUCUGUAUUCCUAAUGUGACUCCUGCCUGCCUUCCUACUAUAUUUUCAAAUUUGAGGUAAUGGAAACUUGUGAUGCGUGACUUAUAUUUCAUAUGAAUGUAUUUUCUGCUACUCUUGAAUUUUACAUUUUAAUAUCCCCGAUGUUUUUGUAUUUAUGACACAACUUUUGGAUUUGUAGCUUUAUUUAUUAAUCAAAUUAAGAUUUUAUUUACAUUUUUCUUAUAUAGUUGUUUUACAAAUCCAAAUUUCUUCUGUCAAUUACACCUAGUUUAUAUAGUAACAUACUAAUAUAUAUAUGUGUAAAUGUUACCAUUAUCAUGUUGCCAAAUUGCUAAAUAUAAGAUAUCGCCACAUAGAUAGAAAUGUUGUAAAUAUAUUCAUUAAGCGAAGCCACUGAGUGUGUUUUUAAUAACAGAAUGUAAUGAGUGUUCAUAGCGGUCACUGCGCGGCGGACGAUUGUACCCAUACUACGUAACUACACGUAACGACUAAGAGUGAGUAGGUAACAAACUAAAUAAAGCUUGUUUUAAA